AUGAGCCAGUUCAACUUUGGGUCGGGUGCGGGCGGCGGCUUCAGUUUGGGCACGCCGAAGACGACCGCCACGACGGGCUCGAGCACCUUCUCCUUCUCCACGCCUGCAACCUCGGGGAGCUUCAACUUCGGGAGCGCGGCCCAGACGCCUGCCAGCAGCCAGAACACCGCGUUCUUCUCCUUCAGCAGGCCGGCCGCUGCAGGGCAGCCCGCCAGCUUCAGCUUCGGGACGCCGGCCACCGCCACCACGACUCCGGCGGCAAACGUGUUCCCACUGGGGGCAAGUGCACCAAAACUAAACUUUGGAGGCAGCACUGCAAGUCAAGCUCCUGGAAUGACAGGGACCUUGGGAUUUGGUAGCACUCCAGCAACCAGCGUGCCUUCAAGUCAAGCAGCAGCCACUUCUGGCUUUGUGUUUGGAUCUACUGGCACCACCACCGCCACAGCUCAGUCUGGGACAGCUGGAGGGUUUACUUUUUCCAGUGGUACCACGACUCAGGCUGGAACAGCUAACUUCAGCAUCGGCACUGCAGCUUCACAAGCAGCAUCCACAGGGCUGACCUUUGGGACAGCAGCCACAGCUGCUGCUACUACUGCUGCUACCCUAGGAGCUGCAACCCAGUCAGUGGCUCCCUUCAGCCUUGGGGGACAGUCUACAGGUCUAAACUUCGGGUCAUUGCCUUCAACAGCAACCACUACUAGUGCACCUACGGCAGGACUGACCACUAGCACCAGCCAGGGACCUACUCUGUCUUUUGGAGCCAAACUUGGAGUGACAUCCACGGCUGCUACUACUGCCUCUACCACCACGACCUCUGUUCUUGGCUCAACGGCGCCUACGUUGUUUGCAUCCAUAGGGAGCUCUUCAGCACCGACAUCGUCGACCACCGCAAGCCUGUCACUUGGUGCCCCUUCCACUGGGACAGCCACUCUUGGAACGCUUAGCUUUGGAUUGAAAGCUCCUGGAACAACAGCUGCCACAACAAGCACCACCACUGGCACUACUACUACUACUGGCUUUGCUCUGAGUCUUAAGCCAUUAACAACAACUGGUACCAUUGGAGCUGUAACUUCUACAACUGCCAUCACCACCACAACAGCCAGUGGGCCUCCAGUGAUGACUUAUGCCCAGCUGGAGAGUUUGAUAAACAAGUGGAGCCUGGAACUGGAAGACCAAGAGAAACACUUUCUCCAUCAAGCUACACAAGUGAAUGCCUGGGACCGGACACUGAUAGAGAACGGAGAGAAGAUUACUUCUUUACACAGAGAAGUAGAGAAAGUGAAGCUUGAUCAGAAAAGGCUGGAUCAGGAGCUAGACUUCAUUCUGUCCCAGCAGAAAGAGCUUGAAGACUUGUUGACCCCACUGGAAGAGUCUGUGAAGGAACAGAGUGGGACUAUCUACUUGCAGCAUGCAGAUGAGGAACGGGAGAAAACCUAUAAACUGGCUGAAAACAUAGACGCUCAGUUGAAGCGUAUGGCGCAGGAUCUGAAGGACAUCACUGAGCACCUGAAUACAUCAAGAGGCCCAGCAGACACAAGUGACCCGCUUCAGCAGAUCUGUAAAAUUCUGAACGCGCACAUGGAUUCAUUGCAGUGGAUUGACCAGAACUCAGCUGUGUUGCAGAGAAAGGUAGAGGAGGUGACUAAGGUUUGUGAGAGCCGCCGCAAGGAACAAGAGCGCAGUUUUCGCAUCACAUUUGAUUGAGAGACUCCAAGAUUAAAGGAUUAAUCUAAAAUCUGCGCAGGAAAGAGGUUGUCGGGGACCUAGGACUCAGAAAUGAACCCAGUUCAUACUUUGUUUAUGCAAUAAAAUUUGUUUUGUUUUUGUUU